AUGCCAUCGCCAAAAACCACCAUUGAUAUCUUGGAUUCAGUCAUUCGUUAUUUGAAUAUUUCUGUGGGAUUAUUUCUUUUUGUAUUUGGUAUCGCUGGAAAUCUUCUCAAUAUCGUCGUUUUCUCAAGUCUAAAAACAUUUCGUAGAAAUCCAUGUGCUGUCUGUUUACUUGUAUUAUCAUGCUGUGAAAAUGGUACCCUAAUACUUAAUACACUAAUAGACGUUCUGGCCAGCAUGUUAAACGAUACAUUUGAUGCCAAUGCAAUAUUACCAUGCAAAAUACGAGCAGCGUUUGCACAAAUUUUCGCCACAAUAUCAUUAAGUAUGAUGUGCUUUUCUGCCAUUGAUCAGUCAAUAUCAACAUCAAUGCCAGAACGGCAUCAUGGAAUCAAUCCGAAAAUUAUGCGGCGAUUAAUUGCAAUUAUUACAGUUCUUUCUUGUGUACACGCCAUUCCAUUUUUUAUUUAUUAUGAUAUACAACCAUUACCAGGGACAAAUCUUACAAUAUGUCGAAUCACAGAUGCGGGUGAAGUUUUCUCGAAAUAUUUCAUAUAUAUUAAUCUACCGCUCGUUAAUGGCGUAAUUCCUGUAACUAUAAUGAUUUUAUUUGGUCUUCUUUCUUCCCGUAACGUUCAUCGUAUGUACAACAGAAGAAUAUAUAUCGUUCGACUUCGCUUAGAAAAACAAUUAACAGGGAUGGUUUUAGCAAAAAUUUUCAGCUUUGCUGUCACUGUAGUUCCGUUCCUUAUUGUCUAUAUUAUUCGAUAUUCAAUAUCAUUAUAUAUCACUGACCCUAUCUUCCAAAAUCAAAUUCUGUUAGCUCAGCGUGUAUUUACACUGCUGAUUUAUGCCAAUUAUGCAGAUACUUUCUAUAUUUUUCUUGCAUGUUCGGCUCGAUUUCGUCGACAACUGAAAUUUGUCCUAUUCAAUAUUUAUUUACAACAGUACCGUGCAAAGUCAAAUAUUAAUCAAGUUCAACCUAUUGACAGAAGCUUUGCCUUAACAAUUGAUAGUGGUAUUGAGCAUAAAUGA